AUGAAACCAAAUAAUUUAGCUGCCUAGAUCUAAGCAAAUAAUCACAAUAAGAUUGCUCAAUAGUCAGAUGGUUAGUAAGCCAAACUAAUUAAGCAAGUAGACGUGAAGCAAUAUGAGUAAAUGGGUCUAUAUAAGAAGUUAAAGAGCAGAACUGCAUAAAAUAGCUAAAAUUUUGCUAAUAAUUUGAAGGGGAUUUCGUAAACUUCUAAUGAAACAGGAAACUUCUAAUCAUAAAGUUACUUAAAUAUGAGUCUUUAAAAAGAGUCUAUGAAGCUAAAUCAAACCUUGUAGAAAUUAAAGGAGAAUAUUUCGACUCAUCAUAUAAAUCAAAAGUCUUAAACAUAAACAAUGCAGGAGAUUAUGAAUAAUCCAAAUUAGAGUUAUUUUUCAGGCCCAAUUAAAGGAAGUAGAGAGGCAUUACCCACUUUAAAUAUAGCUUAGAUGGAGUCAAUGAAUAACAAACUUUCUAAUGCUUCUAAACAAAAUCCAAAUCAACCAUAGUAAUCCAAGAUUCCAAUCGUUUAAAAGCAGAUUGUUUACACCAGGACUGAUAGUGUAAAAUCAAGUGCAACCACAUAUCCACAUACAACACAGGGAGGAUCUACUAAAGUUGUAAGACUAAUAAGAGGUGAAAAUGAUGAUUAAAUGUCAGCUUUUGGAGACACAAAUCGAAGUAUCGGAUUUUAAUCGGCAUUUAAAGCUCUGAAUAAUCCUUCAUAAGGAACUGGGCUAGUAAGGAAAAUUCAAACUCCUCAGACAUUUAAAUGCAAGUAAAAGCCAGCCAAAAGAUCUUCGCAAUUAAAAGGCUAAAGUCAAGGCAACAGUAUUAUAUUAAUGAACUAAAGUGACUAUAAUCCAUUCGUUGGUGGAAUGCAGCACCAUAAUUAAUCAGUCUAAAAUAAUGUGUUUAAUCCAUUCACAGCAAAAGCUUCUCCUUAGCCAGCAUCAAGAUUAAUAUACACUGAAAACAAAAAUGAUCAUUAGAAUGCUAUGACGUAUGAAGAUAACAUUCAUAUAUAGGUGUAAGACAAAUAUGAAGACGAUGAUUUUAACACAAAGAAGUCAAUUGAGGAUGAUGCUGCAGAAAAUAAAAUGAAUUUUAGUUUUGCUGAAGGAGAAAAUAAUAAUAGCAGUAAUAAUAGCUUUGGCAAGUCAAGUUCUUAGGUGCAGACAGUUUAACAACAACCAUUGAUAAAUAACGAGUAUUAUCACACUUCAAGUCUAAUCAAAGAUAAUCAAAGCAAGAAAGCAACUAACUACAUGCAAAAAAGAGGCAAGAAAGAAGAUGAAAUCAUUAAAAAGUAUGGCAUUAAAAAGAUUAUACCAACUUAGCAAUAAAGUAAGUUAAGAUAAGAGACUAAUACAAGCAGAUAAACUGAUAGAUCUAAUAAUACUGUAUUCUCCUAAGGAUCAAACUAUAGUAGGAAAGAAAAGGCGCCAGCAAAAUAAAGAUCAGGAGCAGAGAGUAAUACUUCUAAGGCUUCAUAAGCUAGAAGUAAUGGUAGUAUGGCUUCAACAGGAUUUAAUUAGAAAAACCCUGUGAUGUCAAGUGCUCGUGCUCAAAUGGAAACUUUCAAAAAUCCUUUCACCCAGACAUAAAAGAUACCACAAGUUUAAUCAAAGUAGUCAGAUUCACAACUAGGAUAAUAAUAGUAGUAAUAAUUGACAGAACCUUUCAAUCCUUUCAAAUAAUAGAUGUAAUAGGUAAAGAAGCCGAUAUAUGGAAGUGUAAGUCCAGAGAAACAAAGAUAAAUGAACAACUUAAAUAAUUUUGGAAAUACUAGUAAUACAAUUCCCACUGAGAGGAGUGAUGCUAGUGAAAAGACCAAUAAAUUCAAACAAUUUCAAAAUAAGCUAAAAGCUUAUGGGGCUGUUUAUUAGUGA